AUGCAGCCCAGGAGCCUGGCUGUGCUGCCUUCAGGAGUGCAUGCACCGCGUCAAGCAGCGGUGCCAGCGGUGCCAACGUUGCAUCGAAGCGCGAGUGGUUUCAAGCGGUGGGAGGCCUGGAAGCGGAGCGUUUAUUUGGGUUUGGGCCUUGCCGUUGCCAGAGCUCUUAGAGUGCGCCGAGCGUCUGAAAGACUUCAGUCGCUGCCCAGUUUGGAAGGAAAGGCGGACGAGUCGCUGCGAUUUUCGGAGAUGGCGAAUUGGAUCGCUCCUGGACAAUUGAUGGUGGGCCGCUAUCCCAUGAUCCAAAAGAACAAGGAUGCAUGUCAAAGACAUCUUCAACGUCUGGUGCGAGAGGCGGAGAUUUCAACUUUCGUUUGCGUACAGAGCGAGGUGCCUGGCCAAGAAGAUUUGCGCAGCUGGCCGGCAGGCGGCAUCGACGUCAAGGGACGAAGGUGCCUUCCCUACGCCAAAAUGGCCCGGCAACUGGCUGUUCGGAAGCUGCACUUUGUGCACCAGCCGAUGAGAGAUUUGGAGGUGCCAGGUAACGAGCAUUUGUUGGCUUUCACGGAGGAUUUGGAGGCACAGAUCCAGCAAGGCGAAAGGAUCCUGGUGCACUGCAUGGGAGGCCGCGGAAGAAGCAACCUAGUGGCAGGUUGUUUGCUGGCACGGCUGUACGACCUCUCGCCGAACGAGGUGGAAAGUCGCCUACAAGAUGGAUACGAUUCCAGGAACUACGACAACUGCCUGGUGCCGGAAACACAGCGGCAGCGUGAGACGUUGCGGAAGUUCAUCGAGACGCUGAGAGCGUGA